AUGGUCGAACACAGUAUAAGCGUUCAUGCCGACAGAGACGGUAGCUUUCGUCGUCAAGUCUCGUCCUUCCGCAACACCAUCUCCAAGAACGGUCCUCACCAGCCCGAAAAGGGACGCUACAUGCUCUAUGUCAGUCUUGUUUGUCCCUGGGCUUGUCGAACCCUGCACACGCGAGCCCUCAAGCAACUCGAGGACAUCAUCGACGUAGCCAUCGUCCACUACACUCUCACUCCCAACGGCUGGCCUUUUGACCGCACUGACUCGGUCGAAACCGGUGAUGCGCUCUACAACUUUGAAAACACGAAACAACUUUACCUCAAAGCCGACCCCAACUACACGGCACGCUAUACGGUCCCCAUUCUCUGGGACAAGAAGCUAGGCACGAUCGUCAACAAUGAGUCUUCGGAGAUCAUUCGUAUUCUCUACACUGCUUUCGAUGAUCUCCUUCCUGGAGGCAGUCCAGCCAGAGGCAAGACGUAUUAUCCCACCGACAACGCGGACGCGGUAAAAAAGAUCGAUGAGCUGAACGAAUGGAUCUACAACGACAUCAACAAUGGCGUUUACAAGACUGGAUUCGCUACCACUCAAGAGGUGUACGACAAGGAAGUGGACAAUCUCUUUGCUGCGCUGGACAGGCUCGAGAAGCUGCUGUCGGAUGGGAGGGAGUAUCUGGUACCUGAAAUUGGUCCAAGUGAAGCCGAUAUCAGGCUGUAUCCUACCUUGGUCAGGUUCGACGUCGCUUACCACACGCUGUUCAGAUGUAAUGUGAAGAUGAUCAGGCACGAAUAUCCAUACAUUCACGGAUACCUGAGGAGACUGUACUGGAAGGAAGAAGCGUUUAAGAAGUGGACCAACUUUGAUCACAUCAAGAAGGGAUAUUCUCGUGUUGGAGGCAAUAAGGGUAUCGAACCCAGGGGACCGUUGCCUCAUGUGGUGCCAUUGGACAGUUGA